CCUGCACUUCCAUCCCCUUGCUGUACUUCCAUCCCUGCGUUCCAUCCCCUUGCUGUACUCUCCCCAAUCAUCAUCAUCGUUAUCCACAAAAAGCUCAAAACAUGGCUGCCAAAUAGCCACUGGAGGCAUCUCUUCCGGUUUUACUCUUCCUCCUCUUCUGCGCCGCCGUCUACCGCCGAUUCAUCUUGGACCGUCCCUCCGACCUCGUCUUGGACGGCCGGUGCAGCUCUGACGGUGAUCGGGGAUCCUCCACCUCGGACCCCGGGUGUUUGCGGCAGAGUUUGGCGCCUUCCAAAUUGCAAUUCUGCAAAGCAGGUCUUGGAGCAACAUUACUGUUGCAGAUCCGAUUGGCGUGGAUCCUCCUCUGCUUUUCUGCUGCAGAUCCGAUUGGCGUGGAGAAAUAGGAGCAACAUUACUGUUGCAAAAUCUAUAUAUUUUUCAAACUCUAUACAGACAAAUUUUUCUAACUCUACAUGAAUUCUACAAAAAAUCAACCAAAUUCUACAUAGAUUCUACAAAUUUUUCAAAUCCACUAACUUUUUUAAAUCUAAAAAAAUCCUAUAAAAUCCUAAUUGAAUACACCUCCCUUAAUUUACAACAAUAUUAAAAUUGAUACUCUUUUUUUUGUCAUCCCCUACCUUCAUUUGCCACACGAACAUGUAGCCUCCCAGAUUUUCUCGUCUCCCUGUCAGUCACCACCAAACGCCACCACCCCAACAACCACUGACUCCAAUAUCUCACCACCCUCCUUCUACGCGACUACGCCACGACCCCUUUUCUCUCUCAUUUCCUUCUCGCCAUACCCUUUCGUCUUCUGCCAGAUUUUCAGGACUCAACAAGUAUUUCGGAGGUCAUGGAAAAUCAGGCUCACCAGCCGCCGCCUAUUGAAUCCCCGCCGGCGCAAUUGGGAAAUACCGAGAUGUCGUCUGACAUUGCCCAUCUUUCCGAAGACCCGGCAGCCCCCUCGAUCUUUGAUUGGUCUGACUUCCUGGAGUUCAGCCUCGACGAUCAGCUCAAUAUCUCGUUCUAUUCCGACCAGGAUCAGCAAUCGGAUCUACCAUCUCUGGAUGUGCCGACUACGACUUCUGGUGGUGGGGAUUCCGCUUUGAGUCGGGUCAGGAAGAGAGACCCCAGGAUGGUUUGCUCCAACUUUCUGGCUGGACGGAUCCCCUGUGCCUGCCCAGAGAUAGAUGAGCAGCUGGAGGAGGAAGAGCUCGCUACUCUUGGGUCUGCAGGGAAGAAGAAGGCCCGCACGUCCAGAGCUUCUGCUGCAGGACUGUCCACUGCUCUAUGUCAAGUACCUGGCUGUGAGGCCGAUAUUAGUGAGCUCAAAGGCUAUCAUAAGAGACAUCGGGUUUGCCUGCGCUGUGCCAACGCAAAAUCGGUGGUUCUUGAUGGGGAGAGCAAGAGAUAUUGCCAGCAGUGUGGCAAGUUUCAUGUUUUAUUGGACUUUGAUGAAGGUAAGCGUAGUUGUCGAAGGAAACUUGAACGCCAUAACAAUAGACGCAGAAGAAAAUCUGUAGAUCCAAAAAAUUCAUUUGAGAAAGAACCACAACAGGUUUUAGUAGCCGAUGAGGGUGAUUUUGAUGAGGAUUCCAGCAGAGAUGGCACUGGCAUAGAUAGCCAAAUAAUUGAACGAGAAGCAGUCUUGGAAUCUGAAGGGAAGCAAUCGGCACUUUGCUCCACAAUAGGUUCCCAAAGUAUCCACAGUGGUGGCAUUAGAAUUUCUCCAGCUCCCGGUGAAAUACAAAGCAAAAAUGGGAAAGAAAACAAUAAAGACACUCAUUCUCCUCCCUAUUGUGACAAUAGGAGUGCACUUUCUUCUAUCUGCCCUACCGGUCGGAUCUCAUUCAAGCUUUAUGACUGGAACCCUGCUGAGUUCCCACGACGUCUACGUCACCAAAUUUUCCAAUGGUUGGCCAACAUGCCUGUUGAAUUGGAGGGAUAUAUUCGUCCCGGUUGUACAAUUUUGACAGUAUUUAUUGCGAUGCCGCAUUUCAAGUGGAAAAAGUUGUUAGAAGAACCAAUAAUACAGUUGCAAGACCUUGUGCUCUCACCGGGAAAUAUGCUCCUUGGAAGAGGCACCUUUCUUGUUUAUCUGAAUAACAUGGUGUUGCGCAUUGCAAAGGGAGGAACAUCAAUAAUGAAAGUGAAGUUAAAAGGGAAAACUCCAAUGCUCUGCUAUGUGCAUCCCACUUGUUUUGAAGCUGGCAAACCUAUGGAGUUCUAUGUAUGUGGAAGCAAUCUACUUCAAUCUAAAAUUCGCUUUCUUGUAUCAUUUUCUGGGAAGUAUUUGGCAAAUGAUUUUUGCAUUUCAUCGUGUUGUAAGAUUGAACGGGAUUCUUGUAGUUUAGACCAUCAGUUGUUGAAGGUCAAUGUUCCUCAAGUCAAUGCAGAUCUAUUUGGCCCAGCAUUUAUUGAGGUUGAAAAUGAGUCUGGCUUGUCAAACUUUGUUCCUGUUCUCAUUGCAAGCAAAGACAUAUGUUCAGAAAUGGGGAGGUUGCUAGCACAGUUUAAUACUUCUCUUCAACCCAAGGUUGCAAAAUUUGCUUCAGGCUGCCCUUCAUGUGAGCAUUCUGAUUUAAGAGAUUCAAAUAUAUCAGAUUUUAUGCUUGAUGUGGCAUGGUUAAUACGGGAGCCUACGGUAGAAGAAACUACUCAACUGUUGACUUCUAAUCGGAUGCAAAGAUUCAGAAGGCUAUUAAACCUUUUGAUAGAAAACGAGUCAACUUCAAUACUACAAAGAGCUCUGACACACAUCAAAGUAGUGAUGGACAGCAGUGCAGUAGUUGCUAAUGUUACUGAUCCUGAAAUAAACACUUUUCGUGCUACUUUAGAUGGCACCGAAGCAAUCCUUUCUCAAAGACUUAAGGGUGGAGAUAUUCUUAUGGGGAAUUCUACAAAGGCGGGGACAUCCUUAGCUUAUCUAUACGAAGACAAAAUGCAACAUGUAAUUCCAGUUAUGGAAAAGGGUGUGGAAAACAACGCUUGCAAUACAGAAUCAAGAUUGACAUUUCCAGACUAUAAUAAUAGCUCUACCGAUCCAUUGUUAAACAUCACUGCGAGUGUGAAACUCAACAAAGAGCGGCAGUCUUGUAGCCUUUUAUUUGAAAAGAAGCUUCUUGCUACUCGUCGUCCCCUUGUGUUUGCAGUCUCUGCUAUUGCUGUUUGUUUUGGAGUAUGUGCGAUUAUUCUUCACCCCGGUCCAGUGGGUGAAUUCACUGCAUCUAUCAGGAGGUGCCUGUUUGACAGUCCAUAGUUUUGAUUUGAUUUAUACACCGCCAGGUCUGUGCUUCUUGAUGCCCCUGCCAGGUCUGUGCUUCUUGAUUACCUAAUGUACCAUAUAAACCAUUCGCUGAAAAAUUUGAUUCUUUUCUUAAAAGUUUGUGUACAUAUUUGCUUAAGUUUUGUUGGGUUUUAAAGUCUUACAACAAGUUUUUUGCUGUAAACCUUGAGACUGUGGGUCUUUCUCCGUCUGUUUUACGGUUCGUGUGCACUCGACUAAUCUCUGUUCGCUCCAGGAGGCAUGAGAGCUGGCCAAGGGGAAACAAGUUUAAUAAUACUAUAUAGUAUAAUCAUAUUUGUAUUAAAAUUAAAUGUUUAGAUAUAGUUUCUAGUGUGUAAAAAAGACGGAUAAAAGACAUUAGUGUAUUGU